GUGGGCUGUAGUGAUCCAGAAGGGAGAGAAAACAUGGGAAGGUCCCAAGGUUUAAUUUAGUCCAUUUUUUUGAUGGGUGGCCUUGAACAGCAUUUUAAAGCAAUAGCAGUGAGGGAACUGCCACCUAUACAGUACCUUGGAUAGACUUUGAAGCAGCUGGGAAGGGUGACCUGGUCCUUUCCCCAGCACUGAUGCUGGCUGCAAGAUGGAGCAGCAAAGAUGGCGCUUCAUAUUUUUUUUUUGGGGGGGGGGGGGGGGGGGGGGAGUCUGGUGGUGCACUUUGUGUUUAUUUUCUGCUUGGGGUCUGUGAUGGAAGGACAUGUUGCACUGCUUUCUUCAGAACUUUUUACUCUGUUCCUGUUUGUUCCUUUUCUUUUCCUAUGUUGUAAUACUCAUUUUACAUAGAGCACCAUCCCACCUCUUUGACAGUGUAAACCAAAACAAACAAACUCACAAAAUCAAGCAGCACCCCCAGACCAGAUUAAAAAUAAAAACCUGCCUGUUGAGCAGGGAGCCUGGUGGCAUUUAACUUCUGCAAAUCUAUUUUUGAGAUGUGAAAAACUUAACUGCUAAGUCUUAGGUGAGUGAGGAACAUAACUGAUGUAAACACUUACAUGGAAUGCAUUAGACUUCUGCUGUGUGUAUUGUCUUUUGGUUGAAACAAAUUAUGAAGUGACUAAUAAAACAAGUCAAUAUUCUGUGAUUUAAAACUGUGCCUUGUUGCUUUUUGCAAGUACAGUGGAACAGCCUUUAUCAAUUUGUUUGGCCAUGCCAAAAUCAAGAGAUACAAAUUAAUCAAGGGCAGAGUUGGAAAUGCUUUCAGGAAAUUUUGGAGAGUAAAAUGAGCAGACAGUUAAAAACCCUUAAAAGGUCAGAUCAGAUACCUCCCUGAAAGAGGUGUCAGCUGCUGCCAGCAGUACAUGUCUGGGUGCCACCCAGGUAUGAUGAGAUCUGAACAGAUGCUGUUGUUUUUCCCUGGUGGCUGCAGUUGCAGUUGGUUUUGGUUCCCUUGCUGAUCUAAAGUCUCUUGUACUCUGUGUACCAGUGAGACAAGGAUUGUUACAGUCUCCUUCAUUGAAGCAGUGUAGUUGCCUGCUAUAAGGUUCGUGUGUUUUCUGGUCACAGGAACAGUUCCUUAGAUACCAUGUGUUUUCCAGUACAAUCCCAGUUUUCCCCCUGUGCUGUGCAGGUGUGUGCUGGGAACACACGGAACCUUAAUGAUGAGUCCGAUUGUCAGUCAGCUCCUCAUUAAAUUAGAGAGCUCUCCAGCUCCUCUCCUUGAGAAUUCAGAAACGUGUUUGUGCAGCAGUGGAAGAUGUGUGGUUGUAGGCAGAGGUUGUAGAGCAGGACAGACCACAGAAGCACCUCCUGGUGCUGUGCUGGGUGGUGCUGAGCCCGUUAUCGCUUCUUGGAACGGGUCCUGACUGCGGAGAGCGCUGCACUGUGCAGCAACAUGUUGAGAUAAAGCAGGAGGAAGGCGGGAAGUUUCAGAAGGUGCUGUGGAAUAGGAGUAAGCAUUUAACACGGAAAUAAUGCUGCUGGUGAGGAUUCAGAAAGCAGCUUCUUUGGAAAUAUGACCGGGAAUUAGCAUGCACUCACGAAGCGGUGCGGUGCGGUGGUGCUGCGCCCAACGGGACAAAGCGCUGUUUGGAGCCAUCACGUGCAGCUGCAGCAUCGGGCGGCUCCUCGUGAGACACUGCAGAGGCAAGCGAAGGAAGUUCUGGGACAGACGGCUUCGGAGUACAGAGGUGAGUGCUUUCCUUCUUCGGAGGGUAAGUAAUCCCAGUUUAUACAGCUGCCUUCUAAGUGCUGCGCUGACGACAGCGGGUAAAUAAAGGCUCGGGCGGCCUCGAGCAGGCUGUGCAGCUGUCAGGACCGACUCCCUUGACUGUUCGGGGAGGCCUUCGGUUUAAUGCUCUGCCCGACAGGCGCACGAUGCCGUAGCUCCACGCACCUCCGCGUUGCAACUGCGGAGCCGUCGCUGACGCCGCGGGCGGCGGAAGUUCCCGCGCUUCCGGGGCGGGGCGCGCGCGGAUCUGCGGCGGCAGCCGCCGCUCCCGGAGGUCUCGCAGUCCGGCCGGCUAUGGGGGAGGCCGGACCGGGACCCAAGGAGGCGCCGGAGGAGGAUGAGGCGGCGGCGGUCGGAGUGCGGGACGGGCGGGCUGGGCCUCGCGGCGUCGUCCGGGUGCUGAAGAGAAACGUGAAGCGCAACGGGAGCAGGAGCUGUCUGAACAGGAGCCGGUUCAGUUCCCGUGAGAGGGACUGGCUGAGAGAGGACGUUGGACGAGGCUGUGUAUAUGUUUAUGGAGGAGAUUCUGUAGCUGCUGCUUCAUCUGACCUGCGCUUGGUCCUCUGUACGGUGGAUACCCCAGCAUCUGAGAUAUGUGAUGGGGAGGACAAGAAAAACCUCUUUGUGCAGCUUCAUGGAGACCUGGUCAGGAGGCUGGAGCCCACCGAAAAGCCCCUUUGGAUUCUGUAUGACUACUUGGCUGGGUUGGGUUUUGAUGACCCUGUCAGGAUGCAGGAGGAGGCAGCAAACUCUGACCUCAGCUGUAUGAUUCGCUUUUACAGUGAAAAGCCCUGUCAGGUGGAACAGUUAGAUCGCAUCCUGCUCUCUGGAAUCUAUAAUGUACGCAAAGGGAAGACUCAGUUGCACAAAUGGGCAGAACGCUUAGUAAUUCUCUGUGGUACCUGUCUCAUUGUGUCCUCUGUUAAAGACAGCCACACGGGGAAGAUGCACAUCUUGCCUCUUGUCGGAGGGAAGGUUGAAGAAAUGAAACGUCGGCAGUACACGCUUGCUUUCACAUCCGCUGGAGCACAAGCCCAAACAUACCACGUUUCCUUCGAAACGCUGGCGGAGUGCCAGCGGUGGCACCGACAGGCAUCCACGGUUGUGUCUAUGCGACUUAGCAUGGUUGAUCUUUCAUGCUACAGCCUUGAGGAAGUACCUGAGCAUCUUUUCUACAGUCAAGAUAUCACCUACCUCAACCUACGACAUAAUUUUAUGAGAUCAAGUGGAGCAGGGAGUCUUGAGUCUCUUUGCAGGUUUUCUCAGUUGAAGAGCUUGAAUCUGUCUCAUAACAGACUGGGGGAGUUUCCUGUAUCGCUGUGUGAGAUCUCUACUCUGACUGAACUCAAUAUGUCCUGUAAUGGACUUUAUCACCUGCCAAGCCAGAUUGGCAAGCUGCUGAAUCUCCAGAGCUGCUGGCUUGAUGGGAAUUUCCUCACAUCCUUACCAGAAGAGCUUGGAAGUCUGCAGCAGCUCAGCUGCCUUGGGCUUUCCUUCAAUAACUUCUGUGAGCUACCAGCAAUUUGUGAGAAACUCACCAUUUUAGACAAAAUAGCCAUGGCAGGGAACUUGCUAGAGAACCUGGACCUUACAGUGCUGAACCGUAUGAAUCACGUCAAAAGUGUGGACUUGAGGCUGAACAACCUGAAGAGAGCAGCAGCUGACACUCUGGAGGGGAAUAAAUCUGUGACUUACAUGGAUUUGCGAGACAAUCAGCUGACAGAUCUGGAUCUGAGCUCAUUGGGUAGCCUGGAGCAGCUGCACUGUGAGCGGAAUAAGCUGAAAGAGUUGACACUGAGUGGCUUCUCCCUUCGGGCUCUGUAUGCCAAUAACAACUGUCUCACCUCUGUCAGUGUUUAUCCAGUUCCUGGUCAACUGACAUGUCUAGAACUUGCGCACAAUCAGAUGCAGUGUGUCCCAGAUUGGGCCUGUGAAGCAAAGAAAUUGGAGAUUUUGGACAUGAGCUACAACCUCCUUGUGGAACUCCCAUCAAGGAUUCUCAGCAGCUUGAGCCUUCGGAAACUGACAGUGGGGCACAAUAAUCUUCAGAGCCUUCCACCUCUUCUAGAGCACAUUCCAAUGGAGGUGCUGGACCUUCAGCACAACCUGUUGACUAAACUCCCUGAGACGCUCUUUGUCAAGGCUCUGAACCUCAGGCACCUGAAUGCAUCUGCAAAUAGCCUGGAGUCCCUGCCCUCUGCAUGUACAGGGGAGGAGAGUCUGAGCAUGCUGCAGCUGCUUUACUUGACCAAUAACAACCUCACGGAUCAGUGCAUCCCUGUCUUGGUGGGACACCCGAACCUACGGAUCCUGCAUCUGGCGAACAACAACCUUCAGGCUUUCCCUGCGAGCAAACUCAGUAAGCUGGAACGCUUGGAAGAGCUGAAUCUGAGUGGCAACAAACUGAAAACAAUUCCCACAACUGUGGCAAACUGCAAGCUACUUCAUACACUUAUUGCACACUCUAAUGACAUCAGCAUCUUUCCAGAGAUCCUGCAUUUACCUCAUAUACAGAUUGUGGACUUGAGUUGCAAUGAAUUAAAUGAAAUCCUAAUCCCUGAGGCGCUGCCAGCUGCUUUGCAAGAGCUGGACCUGACUGGAAACACAAACCUGGUGCUAGAACACAAGACGCUGGAUAUCUUCAGUCACAUUACCACGCUCAAGAUUGAUGCUAAGCCCUCCCUCACAACAGACUCGGCACUCACUUCUACUUUUUGGAGUCAUGGAGUAGCUGAGAUGGCAGGACAAAGAAAUAAGUUGUGUUUGUCAUCCCUGGCACUGGGGAGCUUUGCAGAAGGGAUGGAGGCUGUGUAUGGCAUGUUUGAUGGUGACAAGAACGAGGAGCUGCCACGCCUGCUGCAGUGCACCAUGGCCGAUGUGCUCCUGGAGGAGGUACAGCAGUCGGACACAAUGUUCAUGUCCAACACCUUCUUGGUCUCCCACAGGAAGCUGGGCAUGGCUGGGCAGAAGCUGGGUUCCUCUGCUGUCCUUUGCUAUAUUCAUCACGAUAUGGCUGAUCCAGCGAGCCCCUUUUCUCUGACUGUGGCCAAUGUGGGAACAUGCCAAGCUGUUCUUUGCCGAAGUGGAAAGCCACUGCUCCUCUCCAAAGUCUUCAGUCUUGAGCAGUGUACCGAAGAGGCCAAGAGAAUCAAGGAACAAAAAGCAAUUAUAACAGAGGACAAUAAGGUAAAUGGUGUGACUUGCUGUACUCGGAUGCUAGGCUGCACAUACUUGCACCCUUGGAUCCUGCCCAAGCCACAUGUCAGUUCCAUUCCACUGACUGUACAAGAUGAGCUGCUGCUUCUAGGGAACAAAGCGUUGUGGGAACACCUUUCUUACACAGAGGCCGUCUCAGCUGUGCGCCAUCUACAUGACCCUCUAGCUGCUGCAAAGAAACUCUGCACAUUAGCCCAAAGCUAUGGUUGCCAGGACAAUGUAGGUGCAAUGGUGGUGUAUCUGAACAUCAGUGAGGACAACUGCACAUGUGAGAUGCAUGGCCUCUCUUUACCAGGCCCUGGGGGAUUUAGUUCCACCACUGCCAAGACAGCGACGCCUUCCUCUAGCAGUGGAAUUGCUUCAGAGUUUGGUAGUGAACUGUCUGCUUCCGAGGCUAGCAGUGAGGUGGGCUCUACUGCUUCAGAUGAACACAAUGCUGUUGGUCUUGAUGGCAGUUUGCUACCACGACAAGAGCGACGUUGCAGCCUACAUCCUCUGCUCCCCUCAAGCAUCUUUCAGCGCCAGCCUUCCAGUGCCACCUUCUCUAGUAACCAGUCUGACAAUGGCUUGGAUAGUGAUGAUGAACAGCCUGUGGAAGGUGUGAUGACAAAUGGCAGUAAAGUGGAGGUAGAGGUGGAUAUCCACUGCUGUAAAGGGAAUGGUCUGGAAUUUGAACCUCCUGCUUUAGAGUACAGCUCCUCUGCUCCAGGAGUAGAGGAUGACUCUGGACUUGUCCUCAUCAUUCAGAGACAGAACAGCAUAAACAGCACAGCUGCACAUGGAGGGGUCAAGGAAAAGUGUGAACUGCAGAAAUCUCCUUCCACAUGCUGUCUCUAUGGAAAGAAGCUUUCCAAUGGCUCCAUUGUGCCCUUGGAGGAGAGCCUUAACCUCAUUGAAGUAGCCACAGAGGCUCCCAAGAAGAAGACAGGUUAUUUUGCUGCUCCAUCCCAGAUGGAGCCAGAGGAUCAAUUUGUGGUGCCACCUGAUCUGGAGGAGGAAGUGAAGGAGCAAAUGAAGCAGCACCAGGAGAAUGGAGCAGAUCAGGAGCAGAAAGAAGAGUCUGCAGUGGCUCUGACAGAGGAGUUUGACACAGCUUUGUAAUCCUACAAGUACAACUCCCACUUUGUCUGUCCCAGGAAGCUCUAUCCUGUAAGGGCUGUCAUGCCCCCAAGCGGAGCUGAGCUCUGCAAGGCAUACAGGCAUCUGCUGCUUCCUUAAUGCAGUGGAGAAAAAAUUAGGAGUGCUAUGGUCUGGGCUGUUUACUUUUUGCUGUUGUCUGUUCUGAGUGCCCAGAUCAGCUGUGUUCUGUUUGGAACUGUCUGGAAAUUAUGCAAGUGCUAGAAAAGGCAGGUGUUCCAGUGCCUCCCUCUUACUCCUUAAAGCCUGAGGUUCUGCCAGCUUGGCAGGAAAGGGGCUGGUGUAUUGUGGGAGGGGGAAAGGGAAGGCUGUUGAGGACCAGUCUGCAGUGUUUGGAGUCUGAAUAUUUCUGACACAGGCGUUCCUGGCAGUGCCUGACUUCAUUGUUCCUUGAAAGAAUACAGCCAGUUGGAAUGAAGCUGACCCAAGAAUGGUUUCCUACGUGAAUUGCAAGCACUUUUAUUGAUGCACUUAAGCUGUUCUCUUCCCCUUCAGCACAGCACUUUAUUACUUAGGGCCAGGGGAGAGAGCACUCCAGUGCCCUCCACAACAGGUGGGAGGGAGCGGGGGAAGCUGAUUUUCCCAGUACUGUUAGGGCUUCUGAGGAUUCAGGGUACGGGUGUUCUGAUGAGCACUGGUGCAGGGUAGAGUGAGAAUUAUAAUGGGAUCAGCCUAUGCGGAAUGAGAAAACUCAGCUGGGUUGUAAGUGGGUGUCUACUGAUGCAUUUUACAUGGAACAUGGGAAAGAUCACCUCUGGACUUAGUGACUAACAUGUAGAGCUAGUGCUUCUAGCUGCAGAGCACAGACCCAGCUUAGCAGCUUGUUCACCUUUGUCACAUGUGCCUCAUAGUAGAGGCUUCCUGUAUCCAGAAGACAUGACAUGAAACCAUGAGCUGCUGCUGGUUUCAUUCUAAGUGGAAAUCAACGUACAAGUGGUGUAUUGUUCUAAGGCUAGCAAGCAGUUGGGCUGUUCUUUGUAUGCAGAGUAUUCAGUAAUACUAUUAAUGUUACCAAAUUACUAUUACAGUAAUAGAGUAUUUGGUACUCUUUUCCACCAACAUUAAUUGCGUUAUCAGCCACAACAUCUUUGCUUGUGUCUGAAAAUAGAAGUCAUAGUCCAAAUCCAGAGCAACCUGUGUUUUGUGAUGCAUGCCCAAUUUGGCCACCAACAAGGUGAAAGUAUCUUUGUUUCUACUUAGUUUUCAAUGGAAAAGGGGGGAGGGAGUAGAGGGGGGGGGAACUUUUCACCUUAAAAACAUCUUUAUCAGCACUGCGAAAGAGAUGUUUAAAACAGUCCCACUAAUGGUAAAAUGCCCAGCCUGCAGUUGUCACACGGUUCUGUUAAGGUUUUUGGUGCAAGGGGUAAAUGAAUUCUCUAUGUAAUCAUCUUAUGGAAGCAUUGUGAAAAGUCCGUGGCCCCCAAAGCAUGCAGAUGUCUUCCCUGUCUGGCAGAGGGCUGGACACCAGCUGUCCCUGUCACUGGUGGUGCAAUAAUAUGGAGUAUAACGUGGGCUAGUGCCUUUUCUUCUUUAUUAAUUGUAUUUAUGAAGAAAAUGUGAAAGUUUCUUCUCAAGAUCUCUGAGCAGCUUGAGUUGUAUAUUUUUGGAUCGAGUUCAGGCCUUGAAUUGAAGGAAUGCUGUACAGACAACCUGUGGGAUUCCAACAAUAUAGAUCUUUUGUCAAAAAUCUACAGGAGUUGUGCUUAAACUUCAGAGCUCCUUGAAUUUCUCACUAGGGAAAAGGCAUAUUUUUACCAUACUUGAGAGCAACUUUUUGGGAUAUACCUUGUACUGGUUAUGGUGUAAUCAUGAAACAACCCAUCUUUUUUUUUCCCCAACUUGUGAGUUUUGGCCGUGUUUAAUUGUCUGUUUUAGUUGGAGAGAAAUGCUCACUCUUAGGAUCACAGAAACAGCAUUUUAAAUUCUUCAGGCAGAAAAACAGCAGCAGGAAAGUUUCAGAGAGCAAAACUCAGCUCUCUUUCAGGUUCUCUUCAUGUUAAAUAUGCAGAAAUGGCUCACCUCAAUGUAUUUGACAGUAACUUUCAGUACCUGUGCCCAGGCCAACAGUGUCUGCUACCUGCUCUGUUCAGUGUCGGACUGAUGCAGGAUUAUACACUUCUUUCUGAAUAAGAUUGUGGUGAACCUUGCACUAGGAGAAUGGUAGAUGUCAAUGCAAAUUGGGACUCUUUCUUGUGCUGAUGUGGAAAAUCCAGUGUGUCCUUGCCAGCCUGAACCAUUAGCACUGUGUGAAACAUAGGUAUGGCCAUGGGGAGUUUGUUGUGAAUGCCCAUGUCUAGUUCAGUAGGAAGGACAGGAUUAAGUGAAGCCUACAUGGAAUGCACAGAACCACUACUCAGCCUUUUCUCCAGCUCUGUUUCUGGUUUUGAGGCAGAAAGAGAGUUUGUUUUCUAUGAGUGUGAACUUUUGUGGCAGAAUGUAAAACUAUAGAGUCCACUGCUGCUUCCAAUUAGAUUGAUACUGUGAACUGCUGCUCUUAUUCUUGGUAGCACCUCCUUUUGUUUUUUGGCCUCUCUGAAGACAGCAAAAUUCCUUUGUCUUCCUCAUGAUCCUUACUAACAUUGGACAUACAUCUCAGACUUCUGAUUGGUGCUGCUGUAGGUGGAACACAUGUGGAUUGGAAAGUCUACCGAGGGCCUCAUAGUAGAGGAUAGAAAGUGUGUUCCUUCAGAGUUGUCUCCCUGUUCUCUUCUGCUCUCUUCCUUGAAUUCUGUGUGUGGCUCUUGCAGCUGACAUCAUUUUCAUAGAGCCACAUCACCAAGAAUGUUCCAUUCUUUUUUACUGCUGGAGGUUCUCUGUGUGGGGUCAUUGAGCUAUCUGACUGCUGCCAGAGCUACCGUGCUCCAGGUGGCCACAAUGAGGUUAGGCUGGGGAAUUUGUUUGUCUGUCCCUUCAGUAGUUCUGGCUUUAUUGCCAAGCAUGUUUUCUGAGAACAGGCACACUGGAGGCAGUGACUGGCCUGGCCUGGCCUGACCAGAAAGACAUUAGCAGAAAAAGUCAGUAAAGGCAGUAUUGAUGCCUGGUUUGGGCUUGAGUAUUGAGGAUAAAGCAUACCUUCAAAGUUGUGCCUGGCACCUGGAACAGACCUGGGGGAGACAGUGCAGACUGCUGAAGCCUGAUCAGAGUCUUCAACCAGACAGGAGGGAAAAAUCCAGUUCCAUGGAGUGGGUAUUUCCCUCUGUGGGAAGGUCUGCUGUGAGGCCUGAAUUAAUAUUUCUAGUACCCAGGAUUUUAAGACACAGUUAAGGCCCUGGGACUUCCAGACGUUUCUGCACUCCUCCUGGAUGGUGAUGUCUUUCAUGUCACUUGCCAAAGGGCAUUUCUGGACAGUAGGUUCACCUCUUGCAUUUUGUGCAGUCAUUGUCUGCUGUUCCAUUGCAGUCUGAAGACUUUGGUGUUUUUUUCUCCUUUUUUUUUUUCCAUUUAAAAAUGUUAUUGUUUUGACUCAUGACCCAGUGCACGUUAAAGAAAUAUUGCAGCACACCACUUAUAAUCUUUUUUUCAUGCUUUCUAUUUUACAAAGGAAAACAUUUUGUGUAUCCCACUGUAGCAUGCAGCUGUAAUAAUUCCUUUUUUACAGUACGCAGGAAUAGAUUGUUCUGUGAAUGCACCUUCAGCAGUGUGGCCUUUGUGUGUACUGCAUUGGAGAGGCAAAUACCAUUGCUGGAAAACACUAUUUCGAUGCUUCUUUACUCAGUUGUAUAGAGCAGUUCAGGAAGGAAGAAUAUUUUUGCAUCAACUUUUCAGCUGACAUAGCAAUAAAGAUUUUUACUUUUGACUAACUACA